UUUUUUUUUGAUGUGUACUUCCGCGUACAAUGUUUUUUUCCCACUGACACACGGCAACUUUCGAACAGGAAACCUAUUAGACGCUUCGACUGUCGCUUUCUCUGUAUUCACGGCAGGGCGUGUUUGGGGCUCAGUGCUCAAACCCAGCCAUGAGCAUCAUCGGGGCUGAAGAUGAAGAUUUCGAGAAUGAUCUCAAUGAUGUUAUGGAUGACCAGUGCGCGCACUUCAACAAUAUAGAUCUGUUGAAGGAACGGCCAACCCACCUGCUGGUCUUCAUGCAACAUGUCAUUCUACAGUUUGACCCUGCUCCUCUGCUGUGUUACCUCCAUGCUGACCUCUUCAAGAACCUCAGUGCCAAAGAGACCAAGAAGCAGUUUGUGGAGUUCUACAACACUUUCUUGGACAAGGGUGCAAUUCUCCGAGUGGUACUACCAGGGAAUGUAGCCUACGAAUUGGACCGAACCCGUCCAGAUCUGAUCCAAGAGGACACCCAAAGGCGUUUCGUUCAGGAGGUUCAGAGCCUGCAGGCUGGUGAAGUGGCCAAACAGCUGGAAGAUUUCAGGCAGAAGAGGAUGAUGGGUAUGACACCUAACGAGGCUGAGCUCAUUGACGUGGAGAACCACUAUCCCACCGACCGUGUCCCGAUGGAGAUGAAGGAGAAGUCUGUAGCCGAGAACCUGCUGGACAAGAUGUCAGAGACACAACCUACAAUUGUCUCGGAUGAGGAAAAAUGCCAAUCCAUCUUUUCAGCAGUGGCCUUCUUCAUGAAGCACCUUGGAGUUAAAACCAGGGCAGUUGACAGUAAGAAGUCCAGAGGAGGCUUCUUCAGGAGACAGCUGGUAAAGAAUAAGAAGGAUGAAUCCACAAAGGCCUUAUCUUUUCAGAUUAAGAAGGAAGAAUCGACAAAAGCCAAGCCCAGAGGGGUGUUUCCUAGCAUCCCCAGCUGGAUUGCAGGCAACACUGACGUCAAAACUAAAACGGAGGCUGAAGCGGAAAAGGAGAAAGUGAAUCAGGAGCGUAAGGUUCCAACUCCCGGCAGAGGCUCCUUGACCGACCCUGCAGCCCCUUCCCUCCCCAGCAAGAAGUCUUGUCCCACCGGAAGCGCCUCCUCCGUGCCUGGGUUAGAGGUCAGUGAUGGGUCAGGCAACAACAUCAGCACCGCCAACAGCCCCGAGUCUUCACACAUGGACGGCCUCUCAAGCAAUCGCUUAGAGCCUCCGACCCUGUCAGACGGGGGCGAUGUGUCCCCUGUCGGGCUGGGAGUAGGGCUGACAAUCGGGGAGCCUCUCUUACCCAUGGACAAUCCUACAGAGGAAAACGUGGAGAAAGACAGACGGAAGACAAGUAAGAAAGUGACUCGUAGCGAGAGUGCCCGCGUGGACCGGCACUCCUCACGCCGCCGUGGCUCUACCCGGGCCAAACAGUCCCGCUCUCGUAGUGAUGUGGACCUCCAGCCGCCUUGUACCAUGACAACAACACCUACCCCGCUCAUCCCCCAGCACCUCCAUCCUUUGGAGGGACCAGUUUUACUUCCUGAAGGGCCCGGCCACUCCCCCACCAGCCCCUCCCCACAGGUGGAGGAGAUGGAGCCCCGCUUCCUGGAGUUCGAGCAUGACCCACCCAACUGGAGGGAGCUGGCUCCCCCUGAAGCCCUGUCCAGUCUCAGCAAGAAGGAGACCAAGAGGCAGGAGGUCAUCAAUGAGUUGUUUGCAACUGAGCAUGCCCACGUGCGGAUGCUAAGUGUCCUUCAGAUGAUCUUCUCCAAGCCUUUGGAGAGAGAGGGGCUCCUGGCCUCCCCUGAGCUGGCCGCCAUCUUCCCCAACCUUGAUGAGAUCAUUGAAAUGCACUAUAACUUCUACGAGAACCUGAAGAAACUGCGUUUAGAUGACAACUUCAUAGUCAAAUCUAUCAGCACCACAGUGCUCAACAGAUUUGGAGGGACAGAAGGGGAGUGGUUCCAGAAAUUGACAGCCCGGUUCUGCAGUCACCAGUCAUGGGCCUUGGACCAGAUCAAAAGCAGGCAGAAGAAAGAGCCACGCUUCAACUCCUUCAUACUGGAGGCAGAGAGUAAGCCCCAGUGCCGCAGGCUGCAGCUCAAGGACAUUAUUCCCAUAGAGAUGCAGAGACUGACCAAAUACCCGUUGCUGCUGGAGAAUAUUGCCAAAAGCACAGAGAACCCGACAGAAAAGGACAGGAUCCAGCACGGCGCAGAGUGCUGCAGAAAAAUCCUCAACCAUGUCAAUGAGGAGGUCAAAGUGAUGGAGAACCUAUUGACUCUGAAGGACUACCAGCGAAGACUGGACACAUCAGGGCUCAAACCCAGUAAUGAGCUUUAUACUGAAUAUAAGAACAUUGACCUGACUCAGAAAAAGAUGCUUUAUGAAGGCUCUGUGACCUGGAGAGUCACAAAGGAGAAGGCAAUUGAGGUGCAGUGUGUGUUGCUUGGGGACCUGCUGGUGCUCCUACAGAGGCAGGACGACAAGAUGGUCCUCAAAUGCCAGAGCAAGAGUAACAUCGCUGUGCAGGAGGGUAAGCAGAUGCUGAGCCCCAUCAUCAAGCUGGACUCCGUCUUCCUACGUGAGGUGGCCACAGAUCGCAAGGCCUUUUAUGUGAUAUUUACCUGGGACAGCGGUGCACAGAUUUAUGAACUGGUGGCUCAGUCUAUUGGGGAGAGGAAAAUCUGGACUGAUGUCAUAAAGUCAGCAGUGGACGAUCUGAAGAAGAGUGGCGCACCCAUGAGGUUGACACUGCCUCCUGGAAGUGGAGGACCUCCUUUCAGUCCCUCCACACUGACUGCCCCUUUGAGCCCGACUGAGAAUGGGGGUUUGAAAAGCAGCAGUGGUGAGACUUUAUAUCGAGAUAAGGACAGCAAGUGGACGGAUGACAAGUCUUCAGACCCCAGACACAGGCUGAUUGAUUUCCUGUCAGACAAAGGCUUCGACUUGAUUGGCCACUCCAACAGCGAUCAGGAGAAGGUGGCCAACAGUGCUUUGGAUGAAGUCAUGUUGCUGAAAAGGCUGUUGGUCGGCAGCAUCAGUCUAUCAGUAGACUCGCAGCCUGAUGAAGAAAAUGGAGAGGAGCAUUCAGAGAGGCCCAGUCAAGAAAUGGAUAGCUGUCAAUCAACAGAAGAAAGCCAGGACACAGACAGGGGAGCGGAGGAGGAGAGCAAUAACUCUUGUGAAAAAGAAGGUGUGGGGACGAAGGGAGAGGAGGAGAGGAGCAUCAGUGCACCCCUGGUGAUGUCCCAGGAGAGGAUGGAGGAAGUGUGCAGGAGGCUCCGCAGUCUGGAGGAACAACUAAAGAGACUACAGACUGUAGAAGAUGAGCACCACAAGCUACAGGAGGCCCUUUCCAAAUUCUCACUGGAGGGGGGUAACUUCCAUUGAGACACCAUCAUGCCACCUGCUGGCCACUAGAUUUUUACUGGUGCUGGUUUUUGGAGUGAAAGAGUGACUUUCAGAGGCUUCCCUGGAAAUUCCUAAACCCUCAUAAGUCAUGCCUGGACCCUUUGCUGCGCUAGGGGGCUUUAUGCACAGUGCAGUGGUUCAGUGACGGAACAUGAGAGGGUGUGUACAUGUGUAUGUGUGUCUGUUUGCGUGCAUGCUUGGUAGAGAGGUAUAUAAAGAAAAAAAAAAAGAAAACAGGACAUCCUACUUUUGAGUGGGAGGUUGUUUUUUCAGAUGUGCCAAAAAAAUGAAGCAAUAAUUUGCUGUGAGAGAGAGAUGCUGCCUAACAAAAUGUCAUGAUUGCGAUCUGCUGUAACACACAUAUGCACACCAGAAACAUGCACGCUAGAAAAUAAUGUACAUUAUUCCAAUAGCAGAUGUGCAGUAAAGGAGAAAUCCAAUGUUUUCCCACCAGGUUGGCUAUAAGCAUGUGGAAGCCUAAAGGGGGCAAUGUAGCAUUUGAAGAUGUAUUGAAAUACUACUGCUGAUAUAUAGUGUUAUUUCUAGUCUAUGCCAAAGUACCACAGAGAUGCACUUUUUAUCAAACCAAGUUUAACCAUCAUUGUUUUUGUAAAAUGUAUUUACUCUCUAUUCAGUACAGUUUUUAAACAGUUGGGCUUCAUGUAAGUAGCCCUGAUUAUUGAAAAGGUUGAAUGCAAGGAAGUGUGUGUAUGUGUGUUACAAAGUUUUUAAUUAAGGAUGUGCUUGUUUGGCGGGUUUUUACUGUUAUUACUUCACAUAGAAACAUUUAUAAAUAGUGGCACUAUAGACAAUCAUGCUGUUAAUAAUGGAGACUUGUUUGUAUUUACCGCUUUUAUUUAUUCCUCUGAGUUCUGUUUGUUGUUGGGUCAGUGAGUUGCAUCGCCUUAGUGAAACUGUUACAGCACUGGGCCAAAAAAAAAGAUAGAGCAAUGUGUUUGAGAAAAGAAAGAAACAUUUGAAGGCAAACCUAGAAUGUGUAAUGAAGAUGAAGGUAGAGAGUGAAGAAGGGAGUAGGGAUGGGGAGUGAGUUUAGAGGUCACUUUGGUUAAUUUGAAGCUAGCUUGAACCAGAUGGUCAUGAGACGAUGUGUAGAAAACACGAGAUUUGGAUUUGCUCUCACUGUACUAGAGAAAAACACACACAUAUACAGCUACACACACUGAAGGCCCAGCGCUACAGCAGUGUUCACAAAGGUCGUUUAGUGCCAGCAUCAUUUCUACAGUGUCCCCUUUCCCCCAGAUUCAUAGCUCCUGAUCCAAAACAUGGACUUAAGAUGGGGUUAUAAAUUGUAUUAUAUGACGUUAGAUUCACAUGUUAUUAGCAAAAGGUUCUAUUCUUCUCUGAUAGCAAUAUUUGUAUCAAAACUGAGCUUGUGUCUUUGUAUUUCAUUCAGCAGUUGAUUGUAAUUAUAAUUAUGAUGAUAUAAUUUCUAGUAGUGGCAUAACUGUGGCCGUGCACACAGGACCAAAGACAUAACAAAGCACCGUUAGAUCCUCACAGAAGCUGUAAUUCUCUUAAUGACUUGCUUCACCUGUGUAGCAGCAUCUGUCACUUGAGGUAAUGUAAUGUUGAUGCCGGAGUGAUCACUCAGCCUGCAGCUGCUUUCCCUCUACCCAAACACCAACAUGUUGCAACUUAAGUGAAGGGACUUUAAAAGCACAUAGAAGAAGGAAGUAUUGGUUGUCAUUAAAAAAUACAUAGAUACCAAGAUGAAGAAUGUUAGACUGCCCUAGCUUUAUGACCAAACCCAAACAGAAUCUGUGAUUUCUCGCAUACACUUCAGUGACUUUCGUCACAUCUAGGUGUCAAAAAGGUCUGUUUGGGUCAGUAAGUGUGUGUAAAAGCCAGUGUAACUGCCAAAAGCUGUACUGUUCUGACCUGGAUAGUGGACUGUUAUUGAACACAUGGGACCAGCUCCAGCAACAAAGAAAAAGGACAAGGCAACAAGACAGUGAGGAUACAAAGGAAACAUUGAAGGUUUUGAGAAAGGAAAACUGCAUUCUCAGUCCAGCGUCGCUCCUACCAGCACUGUGAUCAUGAUCACUUCCUGAUAUGCAUUCUCACCGUUGUUGCCACAACAACAUAUGCCCUCUGAACCUCAGUGGGAUCUUGUGCAAAUGUUGCCAUUAGUCACAACAUGCUGUAAGUUUGUGUUUGAACAUUACUGCCAUCUCUCCCCAUGUUUUCCUCUUGUAAAAUGUACAUAGAUGUUAGCUUGAAGAAUUUUUUUUUUUAAGAAAAAGCAUAAAUUAGCCCCCCUCAUUUUGAUUAUUAAGCUUAUUAGCUACAAUACAUACACCUCUUAAAUACCCUCACUUGUGAUAGCAUGAUCACCUUUUCCUACCGCACAGUUUUACCAUAUAUUUCAUUUGAUUUACUUAAACGGGUCAGGGGAGGUUUUGUUACUGUUUUUGUUAAGUUUUUCAAACAAGCUUUUGUAAUUAUGUACUAUGCAUUUGGCCAUAACGGUGAGAGAGACGGGACUUGUCUGUAACUUGUCUAUGCAUGAAUGAAUUGAACAAAUAUGCAAAUAUUGUAACCACAUGUGUUUUUGGCGUGCACGUUAAAGCGCAAACCCACUCUGCACUGUGGCUAUCCAGCUUAAUGAUGGGAUACAUUUCAACAGGUCAUCUCAACCAGGGAUUUUAUUUUACUGUCAAACUGCCGUGGUCAGCAGGUGAAACCCAAUUAACACCAGCUUACAGUGAAAGUCUUCACUCAAUGGCUGAACGACUGCUACAGGCACUUCUUGCUCUCCCUCCUCCAGAUGCUUUUCCUCAUGCAUUCUAUAUACAAACACCUAGAUGUAUAGAAAAUGGAUUUAUAGAGUGGUGCCUUGUUCCAACGAUCAAGUUGUUUUCUUCUUAAAGGGCUCUUAAGUCUACAAACACAAUCCCUGUUUUGUUUGCGCUGUCCAUCAAACGGAGGAGUGUAAAAUUGACCUCAGAGUGAGAGACGAUGACAAAUGACUAAUGAUUAAGAGAUCAUCCCAGGAUUGUGUUUUUGUGUUCACCUCCAUUAGAGCAAUAGGUUUUGAGCCCUCCACCAACUCAGCCAGUGCCCUGUAUAUAAAAGACACUGCUUCUUGUGAUACAGGCAUCUACCAUCAUGUCUAUCUAUAAACAAUGAAUAUGCAAGAACUA